AUGAAGUACAUCCACUCCGAGGAACUGCUCGAUAUCCCCGAGGGGGUCAAGGUCGCCAUCAAGACCAGGAACGUCGUUGUUGAGGGUCCCCGAGGCAAGCUCACAAAGUCCCUCGGCCACUUGGCGGUCAGCUUCACGCACCCCAAGGCGAAUGUCAUCAAGAUCGAGCUCCACCACGGCUCGCGCAAGAGCGUCGCCACACUCCGAACCGUCCGCACUCUCAUUAACAACUUGAUCAUCGGUGUCACCAAGGGAUACAAGUACAAGAUGCGUUACGUAUAUGCCCAUUUCCCCAUCAACGUAAACAUUGAGAAGAACAAGGAGACGGACCAGUUCGAGGUUGAGAUCAGGAACUUCAUCGGCGAGAAGCGCGUACGAAGGGUCGUGAUGAGGGCUGGUGUCGAUGUCGAGCCAUCCAAGAACCAGAAGGAUGAGCUCCUCCUGUUCGGAAACUCUCUCGAAGAUGUUUCCCAGAGCGCCGCCGAUAUUCAGCAGAGCUGCCAGGUCCGCAACAAGGAUAUCCGAAAGUUCUUGGACGGUAUCUACGUGUCGGAGAAGGGCAACCUUACGGAGGCUGCAUAG